GCGGAGCAGUGUUGAAAACGAAAGUAGAAAUGGCAGCCUCUGUGAAAACAAUACUAAGGGGGCUUCGCCGUUGUGCGGUAUUAGAAGGGGUCUCCAGGCAGACAGCCCUUAAUUUUGCCAGAUCUGCUCACUUUACAUAUGUACCCGACACGCCAUCAGCUGUAUAUGGGGACACAACUCGUAUGAACCUAGUCCAGGCAAUUAACAACACAUUAGAUUUGACACUAGCAACAGACCCCACAGCAGUUUUAUUUGGGGAAGAUGUGGCAUUUGGAGGAGUAUUUAGGUGUAGCAAUGAACUGAAAGAUAAACAUGGUGGAGAUAGAGUUUUUAAUAGUCCCCUCAGUGAGCAGGGUAUCGUGGCCUUUGGUAUUGGUCUGGCCGUAGCAGGUUCUACAGCUAUCGCAGAAAUACAGUUUGCUGAUUACAUCUUCCCAGCUUUUGAUCAAAUAACUAACGAGGCAGCAAAGUUCCGCUACAGGACGGGAGACUUGUUUGACUGUGGGAAACUGACGAUCCGGACCCCCUGCAGCGCUGUAGGUCACGGCGCCCUCUAUCACUCACAGAGUCCCGAGGCUUUCUUUGCUCAUGUACCAGGGCUUAAGAUUGUGAUGCCGCGAGGCCCCUACCAGGCCAAGGGCCUCCUUCUGAGUUGUAUCAGAGACCCCAACCCUUGUAUCUUCUUUGAGCCUAAGAUCCUGUAUCGGGGCGCCAUAGAGGAGGUACCUACAAAGGACUACACAUUACCACUGUCUCAAGCUGAAGUCGUGUUAGAAGGUGACAAUGUAACAUUAGUUGGAUGGGGAACUCAAGUCCAUGUUUUAUUAGAGGUUGCCAAAAUUGCUCAGGAUAAACUUGGUGUAUCAUGUGAAGUUAUUGACCUCCGGACAAUACUGCCCUGGGACUCAGACACCAUCUGUAAGUCUGUGGUUAAAACGGGCAGAUUACUAGUUGCCCAUGAGGCUCCCCUUACUAUGGGCUUCGCAGCUGAAAUCGCAGCAACAGUACAGUCUGAGUGUUUCCUGAACUUGGAGGCACCCAUUGAACGAGUGUGUGGCUAUGACACUCCGUUUCCCCAUGUGUACGAGGCUUUCUACAUCCCUGAUAAAUGGAAAUGUCUAGAAGGAAUCAAGAAGUUAAUUAAUUACUGAACUAUUCUGGGAACUCUAAGUCACAUCACAAUCAAAAAAUACAAUACAGGCAUAUUGUAUAAAAUGCUGGUUGCUGGCUGCGAAAAGGAGUGUGAAAAUCCAAAGGGGAGAAAAAAGUCAUUUUCUGCAAAAACUGUUUUGUACUUAAAUAUGUAGCUGAUUAAAUUUUAGGAGCCAGGUUUUUGUUGCAUAAAAUGAUUUCUCCUCUUAUUUUACACAAAACUUGAAGAAAAAAUAUGACAGUUGCAUAACUGUAGUGUAAUAACCUAACACAUUUAUCAAUUGAGGAUUAAGAUAUAUUCCAUAGUGUGUGAAUUUCAACAGGUCUCUAUCUCAGUUUUCAUUUUGUACAAUUCGGUUUACCACUGCUAAUUAAGCUAAUACAAGACCUUUGCGAACUCGUACCCAUUUUGGGACGGAGUAGUGUAUUCAAAAACUUUCAAACCUGUAAAUAUAUACUCAUGAAAUACGAACUAGAAAUUCAUAAAAAUCUAUUUAUUCAGCAUUUUGAAUUGUUGAGUACUCGACUACUGCGUACUUGUUUUAAACAGCUGAAUUUUUUAAGUGAUCCAAUUUUGAUAUUGAAGACUUAUCUGCACUCUGUAGUGGAAAUUGACCUAUUUAAAGUGACUAUGAAGGACAUUUGCAAAGUACUCCAUAAUUAUAUCAUAAAGAUGUGUGAGAAAAUAUUAAACUUGUACACCGAGUUAAUGAUGAGAAAAGGAAAAGAGAAUCUGCAAAUCAUGCAAUUUUUGUGACACUUUGUUUACUGACUUGAAUCUCAUAUGAUGCAUAUCAUGAAUGCUAUUAAAUUAUUUGGUGUAUUA